UCGUGCGUGGCCGCGGCGGCCGCGGCGCAGGGGGCGGGCCCGCGGCGCGGCGCCGGAGGAGGAAGUGGCUUGGUUGUUGCUUUCAGAGCGCUCGCCGCUGGCUCUCCGGGAGCGGAGAGGGGCCGCCGUCUCCGCGACUGUGUCGCGCUUCCCCACUGCUCCCCUCCAUGUGCUCCGGGGCCGCUGCUCCCCUUCCUCAGGCCGCCGCUUAUCCCGGGGUCUAUGGAAGUAAUGGAAGGACCUCUCAACCUGGCUCAUCAACAGAGCAGACGGGCAGACCGUUUAUUAGCUGCAGGCAAAUACGAAGAGGCUAUUUCUUGUCACAAAAAGGCUGCAGCAUAUCUUUCCGAAGCCAUGAAGCUGACACAAUCUGAGCAGGCUCAUUUAUCACUGGAAUUGCAAAGGGAUAGCCACAUGAAACAGCUCCUCCUCAUCCAGGAGAGGUGGAAAAGGGCAAAGCGUGAGGAAAGAUUGAAAGCUCAGCAGAACACAGACAAGGAUGUAGCUACCCAUCUUCAGGCAUCUCACAAACCCUCUGCUGAGGACACAGAGGGCCAGAGCCCCCUUCUUUCUCAGAAGUACAGCCCUUCCAGAGAGAAACACCUGCCUGAAAUUCAGGGGAUCUUUGACAGGGAUCCAGACACGCUACUGUUUUUACUUCAGCAGAAGAGUGAGCCAACAGAGCCAUGUAUUGGAAGCAAAGCCCCAAAAGAUGAUAAAACAAUUAUAGAGGAGCAGGCAACCAAAAUUGCAGAUUUGAAGAGGCACGUGGAGUUCCUUGUGGCUGAGAAUGAAAGAUUAAGGAAAGAAAAUAAACAACUAAAGGCUGAAAAGGCCAGACUACUAAAAGGUCCCACAGAAAAGGAGCUGGAUGUAGAUGCUGAUUUUGUAGAAAAGUCAGAGUUAUGGAGCUUGCCACCACAUUCAGAAACUGCUACAGCCUCUUCAACCUGGCAGAAGUUUGCAGCAAAUACCGGGAAAGCCAAGGACAUUCCAAUACCAAAUCUUCCUCCCUUGGAUUUUCCAUCUCCAGAACUUCCCCUUAUGGAUCUCUCUGAGGAUAUUCUGAAAGGACUUAUGAAUAAUUAAAAUGGAAGGUCACAGAAGAGGAAAUAAUACAGUAAUACAGUUAAGCAAAAAAAGGGAAAACCAUAUACGAGGGUAAUCCCGGAAAUGCUUCAUCAUCUGGCAUACUGUGGGAGAAGAGGCAUUGCCAGGACUUGGGAAACAGUCACUGUGAAAUAUGUCGCAUAUCUGAUUCACUGACUCGAGCUAAUGAUUCCGACUUGGCAAGACACUAAACUCUUGGAGGUUCAGUUUCUCCUGAUACAAAACCAAAUGGCUACUUGGAAUAAUUUUUCAAACAACAAUUAUUUUUCUUAUCUUCAGGGUUAAAAUAUACAAAAGUAUGUUAUGUGUAAUUAAUCUAUAAUGCCAUAAAUGAUAAUGUAAAACCUAAAUAAUAUGGUGGCCUGAUGGACUGCCUUAUAUUUGAAACAUGCUUUUUAUCAUGCGUUGACUGUAUGCAUUUCGUUAUGCACAUUUUGUUUGUUUAAAUAAGGUGUGUAAAAUACACACCUUUCUAGAUGAAACUAUAUGUGCCACACUUUGCACUACUCAUAACAUAAUGAUAACCUCAAGACUAUCAGGAGAAAUAUUUAAAUUUCCAUUUUACGAAAUGAACCAAAUUAUUAGUUAUGCUUUUUAAAACAAAUUACCAGUUUACAUAAUUAAUCAGGGUGCAUUUUAAGUUCUAACUUUGUUUUUUGUAUAAUGCAUCAUUUGAAAAUACCAAGGAAAUGUCCUUUGUUUUUAAUGAUGCAUGAGCGGAAGUAAUGCUAGUUGGCAGUAUUUGAUUGUAAGAAAUCAAUAAAGUAAUUGUGUUUUAUA